UUAACGACGAGCAACUUAAUAUCUAUUUCUACAGGAUGUUUUAUCUGGUAUUCAUCGGCGACAAGUGUUCAACUCCAGGCCAUUUUCAACAUGGGUGGGAUAAAAGGUAACGUCAUGUUCUACCAGUCGCAACAAGGUAGUCCCACAAGUAUCUCACUUAACUUAACAGGUAUCAAGAACGAAACCCUGACUUGGGAUGUUCGACAACUUCCAAUGAUCUACGAUGGUAAUGCAGCUAUGAGUUGCAGUCCAAGCGUAGUUGGAGAUCUGUUUGACCCUGCGAUGGCCAUGAAAUCUGCAGACUACAAUAGCUCGUGCAGUCGAUCAAGUUCUUCAAGAUUUCAAGUAUGUGCCACUGGUGACUUGACAGGAAUGCUGGGAGCUAUAAAUGCCAGCAACGCACAGAAAAAUUUUACAGACCAGAAUUUGACUGUUCCUAUCAGAGGGGCCAACAGCAUCAUGGGCAGAACACUUGUUCUUUACAAGGAUGGCACACCAAGGGCUUGCUCACUGAUUAGCCCGGAUAAAGUUAUGCUUACAGCAGUAGCUGUCUUCACUAUGCCGGUUGCUGGUUUUGUGUAUCUGCGGCAAGCUGAUGAGAGCGCAGAUACAACUAUAUUCGUUAACCUUUUCCAUUCCAACGAUGCUCAAUCUGGUAGACGGGUUACAUGGCAGAUAAACCAAGCAUCAGCUACUUGCGGAAUGCCCGGUGACGUUUUCAAUCCUGAAAACAGAGACAGGCAAAAUUGUAGCCAGCAGUUAGAACACGAAAAAUGUCUGAUUGGUGAUUUGACUUCCAAGCAUGGAAACAUCACUGUCUCCAUGGCAACAAGAGGACAGUCCAAAACCAAAGUGGCCUUUACAGACACCAACCUUCCACUUACUGGUGUCAAAAGCGUUAUUGGCAAGACAAUUACAUUGUUCUCAAGUGACGAUUCAAUGACCCCUUUUGCUUACGCAAAGAUAAUGCAAGUAAAACCGAGAGUUCUCAUAUCUACUUUCAAAGCCAGUGUUCAUGAUGGUGUAGACGGCUAUUUCAAGUUUACACAACUCUCUCCCUUUGAUCCCACGAUGACGGAAAUAAGGCUCACUGGAUUAAGAAAGGAGUCUCAGGGAUAUCACAUUCACAACUAUCCCAUGCCAUGGCAAAUGAAGUACACCGGAAUGGAAUCCUGUGCAGGGAGUCACUUAGGAGGACACUGGAACCCCUUUGGCGUGGAUGUCAAGUCCAGUCCUUCGCCUGGAACUGGUAUGUAGCUAAGUACAAAGUUAGCCUCAAUUUUACAAUUUCCUCCUCAUACAAUUCUAAGAGCUGAAACGUCACACACGCAUGAUAUUUUUCCAUACGUUUUCAUGGACCACAAGCCCAUUCAAUUUAUUUAACGACCACUUCAUCUUCCAUAUUUUUGAUGAUUUUUCAAAAGUUAUCUAGUACGUUACACCAAACAUCCAUUACAGGGUUAUCCAGCCGGUCGCCGGUACCCAUUUAUACCCCUGGGUUCACCACCAAAGUGGAGCAAAGUACUUGUCCAAGGAAGCUACUCUGCAGCCUGACUUUAGCCCGGAUCUUCGAAUCUCUCACGAGGUUGUUUUUAACGUUGACACUCCUUUUCUAAUAGGAACGAAUGAUCAGUACGAAAUCGGUGACCUAAGUGGGAAAUAUGGAACUUUUCUUAACCUAACAAGCUACACCGGAACACAUUUGGACUACAAUCUUCCAUUGUUUGGUAAAAACAGCAUCCAGGGUCGUUCUGUUGUCAUCCAUAAAAUGAAAGUAAUGAACAGCAUGAGAUGGGUCUGUGCAGAUGUCCAUCAGAAAAUGGCUGAAGUGGACAAAAUGUUUGUCAUGAAAACCAAAAUAACUUUUACGGGUCCAGAUGUUAUGGGGUACAUACUUUUGGUAAGUAAGUUUUAUUGGCAUUAUUCUGUCUAAAAACGCGAUCGAGGAAAAAAAAUAACAAACAAACAAACGAACAAAAAAUCUUUUUCAGAAAAAAAAAACAGCAGAACUAGUUGAUAAUUCUAACUGUCAAAAUUGCUAUUUAUGACACUCUUAAUUUACUUUAUUAUUAUUAUUAUUAUUAUUAUUAUUAUUGUAUUCUUAUAUAUAUAUAGCGAUACAUUCUUAUCAUACAUUUUAUAGAUAUAAUUUCAUCACUAUAUUUAUAAUCUUAAGCAUUUUAUUUCGAUCUGUAUCUGUUUUUGUUGCGUCAUCAAUUAGCUUGUAAGCUAAAUAUCCUGACACGUAAAUAGAGUUUAUUAUUAUCAUUAUUUUGGCAGACCGAUCAUGCUCAAUUGAAACAGUUGUGCGAGAUAUUUCUCUGCGCUUGAAAAUAUGGCGUAGCAUUUUUAUGUCCAGCAUAUUUAAAAGAUUUGUUUUGUUUUUACUUCUUAAGGGAGCUGUGUCACGAAAUUCAGCCAAAUUAGGAAAUUACAAAAUGCCUUUUAAAUUAAGAGAAACAUAAAAAUAACCACUUUUAACUUUAAAAGAAGGUUAAAAUAACAUAACAGAAAAACAGAUGCCACGGAAGGGCAAAACUGAAGAAGACUGAAACGGAUUGAAAUUAGGGUUUUGGAAAACUGUUCAUCCUAACAGUGUUCCAAAGUUGAUCCCUGCUGCUUGCAAAUUCAAAAAUAAUGCUCAGGAGACAUAUUUGUUUGUCUCGGAUCUCUGACUUUGUCAUUUACAUGUAAUUUCUUUGCUUCUUUUAAGUUCCAUAGCGAUUGAGGGCGCGUAAUUGGUAAAAUGAAACAAAAUGAACUGGACUGCUGUGACACAGCCCCUCCUGUAAGGUAGUCAAGCGGACAAUGAACCAUGUCCAAUUCACUGAUUUAGUUCAUAUACCGUGGGACAUAUGUGCAUAUGUAAAUAUCGAGAUAAGAUUUUCCAGAGCAUUUAUGCAUUUCCAGUCAUGAGAAAAAAAGAGAACACAAAACAUAUAAUCUCAAAGCAAAGACGAGCAUGCCAAAAUCUUUCACUUAUACAUCAACCUCAUCUAAUUUGUUAUUCAGAUAAACUAUAAAUACACUUAUGUGUAGUCUUGACAACUGUAUCAACUCCACUUUAUAGAUACAGUACAAGACGUCCGAUAGCUCUAUGUCGCCCGAGGAGACAUCGAUUUAUGUUCAUCUGUCGUAUGGGAACGAGGCAGGCAAACAGGUAAAAUAAUAAUUAGCACAACUACUUCUUUGUUCUAUCUGAAACUAGCUGCAUGGUUAGCAUAACUUAGCUUGAGCACAGACCAACCGGUUGCAAAUAAGACAAGGAAAAAGAACGCGAGAGUGAAUAAGUUAGCCCGAUGGGAAAAUCGAAAGUGGGUGGGCGUUGUUGGGAGGCCGGAACCUAUUUUCUCUCCCCUUUACCUUCGAUGCUUCCUUUUAGCGCCCUACCCCCCGAUCGAUAGGCUGCCCGGUACACAGGGUAUGUAGUCUCUGAAAAUAUCAAACGCUUUUUUAAGCCAUUUUCUUGUUCGGUUACUGUGGGCUUGUGGUAUAGCGAAAGUCACGCUGACGUCACUUGUUGAUAUUAAUACGUCAAUCACAAGCGCAUUGGGUUCUUGCAACAAAAGAUUCUUUUGUUUUACUCCUUACAAAUUUGAAUAACAAAAACAAUCUCUGUAAACAGGGAUGUAUCCUAUAGCUUGAAUUGUGGUUUUUUUUUCUUUAUCAGAGUAUGAAUCACUCGUGGCACGUGCACGUGAAACCCGAAGGAGGGGACACGCACGCUGCGAUGGGCGAGAGAUGCAAGAGUCUGGGGGGACAUUAUAAUCCUUAUAAGGUUGACCUGGCUGUAAGUAUUGUUUAAGCUCUUAAUGGUAACUUACGAUCACGAUUCCUUUUAUCACUCCUUGAGAAUACAUGUUUUUUGCCAAGACGUAGAGACUAUGAAGUUUCUGAAAUAAGAUCAUACUUGUUACAGUUUAGUUAACAAGUAUUAACUUUAAUUUCUAAAUGACCUUAGGCAGUCCAGGAACGGCAUAAGAAAUAUACUCUGCUGUUCUCGUGCACAAGUUUGCUAAUUUGGCGCGAGAAAGUACUUAACUGAUAUAACCAAAAGAGAAACUGGUUAAACGGUUACUUAGGCCAUGCAAAAAAAUUUUCAGUUGUGCAACUUAACCACAUUCUUAAAUAAUUUGUCACUUAGAUUUUGGGCUAUUUGUCAAUUGUCAUUAAUUAAAAUUCAAGCCGUUUGUCAAUUGUGAGACCCUCACUAUGAUGUUAGAGAGUCGUUCUGACUUACGAUAUCCGGAAUCAUCGUUGGUUUGUUUGAUACUUCCGUAAUGGCAUCGCCCGACAUAUACUUCAAAAAGCACCAAAUAAAAAGCUAGUUCUUUCCGCACGCAAAAGUUAAAUGCUAUUCGGAAGGUGAGUAAGAAGAAUAUCAUUGGCAGUGAAGCUUGAUAAACGUUAAAAAAAAUGGACUACAGCAUGUCGUGUUUCAUUUACUAGGUUGUAGUGCUCCUACACUUGAAGGAUCUUUUGUUGUAUUCAUUACUUACAGAUCUAUACUGUAUGUUUGUGUUUACAGGGAUCGUAUAAGUCAUCCUGUUUUUCUAGCAAUAUGUUGCGUUGUGAAGUUGGUGAUCUUUCUGGCAAGCAUUCCCGUUUGAAUGUUGGUUCAGGGAAGCAGUUUUAUACAGAUCCAAGCCUUCCACUAUUUGGAGAAAUGUCAGGUAAAGGAAAAACCUUAACCCCUACUUACAUCUCAAUAGUUUCUCGGGAAGUUUUACCGUGCAUCACCAAAAUAGAAAGGAAACAGCCCCAGACUGUCAAAGAAAAGAAAAAUGGUUUUACUUAAUCAUCAGUCAGUAGUCAUGACCACUUACAGCAGCUAAUUAAGUCUGUGAAAUUGUUGUUGACCACUGAAUGGAUUUGUUGGCCUUUUUUCAUAGACAAUUUCGAACAGUGAUUCACUGAUGUGUGAAAUAUUAAUUUUUUUCCAGUUGUUGGUCGUGGGGUUGUCGUGCACGCCGAAAACACUGGAGCAGCCCGCCUUGCUUGUGCUACCAUCAAACCAGUAGAUUCUCUGUAUGUUGAGAAGACACUACACUACGUAGAAGGAACGACAUUUUCCAGGUAGGUUUUGCCCAGUUGAAUUUGCAUGAGAUAGAUGCAAAAAGGGCAACAACAAUUUCAAGCUUUUUCCGCUAACAUAGGAGCGGGGGCGGGGCGGGGGGUGCUUUAACACAGAGAUUGUUAUGUUGCUAUGGUAGCAUGUUUUAAAUGUCAAGGAAAUGAUCUCCAUUUGCUCCCAAUAGUUUCCAUUUGUUUCAAACCACUUUUAAAAGGUGUCAGCAAAUGGUAAAAAUACAGACGCGCUUGUCAUCAAAGAGUAAGGUUCAAGGAAAAACACUGAAGGCUGCCACCUUAAGGUCUCGGUAAAUGAAAAUUUUAGAACAUUGCUCGAUUUUGUUUUUUUUUUAUUUUUGGCAUGAGUGGGUCCUAAAUUUUAUUUUGGCAGAAAAAGAAAACCAGAAAGUGCUUUUUAACCCUUCUAAAAUGAGCCUUUUCUGAGCUAACCAGCCAAGCGUGGAUCUCGCGCUAAAUCUUUAGAGCUGAUUUUCUCUCACUCUAUUUUAGGCGCAAAAAUCAAAAUUCUCCGACCUCCAGUCGGGACAGGUUUUAAGCUAUCGCUUUGAAACUUUCAAAUAUGUUGGAUAAUGAUAUAGACUCAAAACGGGUGUGAGGAAUUUUCCGAUUUCCCUUUGUAACUCAUUUUAUGUCAGUUUCUUUGCGUAAAUCGCGCUCUAGAUUCGACUUUUUAGUUUGAAAUACAAUAAUUCCGCUAAUACGAAACAUAUGCAAAUUUUUAGGUCUUUUAUCUGUCAAUCAGAUGCAAUAAAAAGGAAGUGAAUAUUUAACAACGCGAAAGGGCUGGCGCUUCAGCAGUAAACUUGAUACCUCUGAGUUCGAGAGCAAAAAACUUAAGCGCCUUUUGAAAUUCGAUGAAAUAAAAUCCUUUAUAAGGUAAUUUAGUCUUUUAGCUUUAAUUUGAUAUAUAACUUGCCUUUGUAGCGAAAAUACUCGCGCGACUAGAAUUUUUUUCUGUGGGCACCUCGUUUUCCUUUACCGAGACCUUAAGUGGGUGGCCGAGAUAACUUGUCAUAAAAUCAUCUAAAAUUGGCGCCAGAACUUUUGUUUUUCUCUCUCCUUUAAACCGUUUUGAAACUCAUAGUCAAGUACACCAGAUUGAAAAUUUCCACUUAUAGUUAAAUAGAGAAUCUGAUCCUAAUUUCCGCACAACUUGUCGAAACGUCAGACAACUGAUUUUGCAGGCAGGUCAACACUAAACGGUUGAUCAUAUACGACGAGACCUGCUCGUAAAAUAACCCCUGAGUUUUGAUAUUUCACUUUCCAGUGAUAAAGGGAUUACGAAUUCCUCUAGCGUGAACUAUCACUACCGUGCUCAUUCAAAAAAAAAAAUGUUAGAUAUAUAUUGCGAUUUUGAAGACGGCGAUAGCAUCAGAACGCAACCCGGGGAUGGAGGUGGGACGUGCCAAAGCUAGGGGAAAGCGCCCUGGGGACGAGGUAGGAUAUACACACUCCUCGCUCGGUCAUAAUAUCCAAGACAAAGCUGAAUUUAAAAUGUCCUUUCGUUCUCUUGUAGAUUGAACUUUACAAAAAGGGUUUCAGCGUUGCUUAACAUCCCAGAGUGGCGGAUAUUUUACAUUAGAAUGGAGAACAGUCAAGUUCAAGGCUGUAUGACUGUCAAGUUUGGAAUCAUGGGAAAUGGUUAGUAACAAAGUCUAAACCUUUGUUAGUCUCUCGAUCGACCCAUUUAAUAAAAUUGUUAUAGUCGAUGAGUCAAUAUAAAGGGGGAAAACUCAUCCAGUUCAUUAGAUUUCAAAGUUAUAAAAGCUUCAAUCUUUAAUUUUGUGCAAAGAAAUCAAAUAAUGUCAGCCCUCCUUGGUGAACUGCUUUGCCAAGUCUUCAUGAAAUUGAGAUUCAGAAACAAAGUUGCUCAAGACAUAUCUGUUAUAAUUUAAAAUCUCGAAGGUUUGUCCGGUGGUCGCUGACUUUUAUCACUAUUUUUUAUUCAGAGUUGCUUUAUAGCUUUAUGACAAAAGAGGAGUAGACUAAGAGUUAUUCAAACUAAUAAGGAAGAAAUUUUGAACAAGGAUUCUCCUCUGAAUGUGAUUGUUUAUAACUAGAGAGGUUUUAAUGAUUUAAAUCUUUUAUUCAACCACUGAUAGAAAAGCAAGUCGAUGAACCAUCCAAAGCCUUCGAUCUAAUUUUACAAAGAUCCUCAGGAAAACUAAUGGAGUUUCAACCCAAAGAUAAAUGUCGCAAACCAGGUAAGAAACAAGAGACAUGUUUUCCUGUAAAGUUACAGUGUGCAGGAAUUGCAAAACAAUAUAUGGAAUUUUCCAAUAUUCCGAACUACAUCAUGCACGGAUCAUGUGCAAAUCUGAGGAUCGUUCUUGAACGUUAGCGCAUCAGCAUUGUUUCUGACUUGCUCCUUGGGGGAGUGCUUCAAUAUGAACGUGAUGGAAAUCUUUGCGGAAUGCCUGACAUGAUAUUUUGGCUCUUUCUAGCCUCUGUUGGCAGCCGUUCUUUGGGUCGUUUCCUUACGACACAAAAAAACGGCUUCGUAUUAGACUAAUCAAUACCCUGAGAGAUGAAUUCUCCCUAAAAGACUACCCAAAACUAGGAUCAAUUGAGUUCGGAGUAACUGACCUCGUACCCCUCCCUUAAGUCACAAUAUUCCCUAAGCGAGAAGUAAGUGUUAAUGUUGACUUAGGGAGGGGUAGGAGGUUAGUUACCCGGAACUCAAUUGAUCUUUGUUUUGUCUAGCCUUUUAGAGAAAGUUCAUUCAGUUACCCACAAACUCAAAACAAGCAAGGCGUGGCGUGUGUUUAAAAAGAAUCCUCUCAUCCAUCUGGGCAGUACCCUCAAGACUGAAUCGGGCCGUCCUGGACGUUGUGUCAGGACGUCUCCGACUUGUGUGAUAAGCAAAGUAAACGGGGGACGUCUAAAUUCAAGUAAAAUUGCAAGCCCAAUUGUAGGUCGAGAGCAUGAACACCUUUUUCAGUUUUAGUUUCAGUUUAUUUAUUUGCCAGAAAAAAAAAUAUAUAUACAUAUCUAGCCGGAUUUUUGAUAACUUUAUCGCCAAAUGGACCUUUUGCUUUUUUUUGCCAUUGCUUUUUUUUUCUCCUCCUUUCCUUCUCCUCGUUCUUUCUUUUUCUCCUUUCCUUAAUUUUCCUUCGUUACUAUGAUUUUGGAGCUUCUCGGGCAUAGGAAACAGUCAUGCCUUUUGACGCUUCGUCACUCAAAUGACUGCAAAUUUCGUUAGGUUGGUUUUCAAAAAAUCAGCUAGAUAUACAAACAGACAUUCAAUAUAUUACAAAAAUAUUUAGUUAAAUAUUGAGGAGACGUAAAUUGUAAGAAUUAAAAGUAUUGCACGAAGGCUAAACAACAACCCUUGCAUCGCGAUACUGACGCCUUUUCACUUCUCUUUUUCUCUUUUUUUUUUCAGAAACUACGACUGUUGUUUCUACCAGUGCCGCAAGAGCUAGUUUCAUGAACAAGUUCAUCAUUCUUUCGAACGUUGUUUUAGGUAUAGCAUUGUGCAUACGCUGA